AUCGAAAUGAAUUCCCCGGUCUCGGUCAGAUGGAGCAACUGACGCAGCGCAUUCAGUCGGUGGCCAUGCUGGGCCAUAAACGAUCGCUGGUGGAAAACACGAGCGAUAAUGAUAACCAGGCCAAGCAAAUCAAGAUCGACUUACCAGUGACCCCGGCAGAAUUGCGCUGAUAGCUUGGUGUGCUGGGAGAGUGUUAGGAUUGUUGUUCUAGCCUAUCAGUUGGUCUGCAAUCUCCGGUCAUGAUGCACCUGCAGCUGUUCCUCCUUCUUUUCUUAUCGCUGGCUUUCGGCGAGAAACUGCCCCUGGAGCCGGAAUUUGAUGGCGUUCAGGGCAUCCUCCGGCGCGGCGCCAAUCGCGGAGACAAACUUCAGGUGUUCCAGAGCAUCUGGGGUGCCAUCCGGUCCGACUUCACCGAGGACACGGACAAAGUUAAAGGACUGUACGUCCAGCUGGGCAACUACAUCCGCGACGAGAUGCAGUGCAGCAGUGGAUCCACUGGGCGAACGGCCUGCGAAUUGCAGCAUGAGGUGCGGCGCCAUCUGAGGACUCUGAUGUCGCAGCGGCUGGCGAACAUGCUGAACGCCGACGAGAGUAUUCAGUCGUACGGAAUAUACAUUGCAGCCAGUAUUGAGCCACCUUUUGUGCGCGAUAUCCUAACCGCAACCGUCGAGGACAUCUACUUCCACCGGCCCCUACAUCAGUUGGUGCGCCAGUUCGAACAGAUCCAUGCGGACCGCGAUGAAGUCAGCUUCAAGAUGAUGAUCGAGGCGGAGUUGGCGCUGUUCUGGAGGUACCAAGCCCUCCACGACAGCAACGCAGAGUUCCUGUUCAGUAUGGCCCACAUGGCCAGCAAGAUACGCACCCACCACAUGUACGCCAGUGUGACGCCGGACCUUCAGCGGCGGGUGGAAGCGAUGGCAAGAUCGUUGCCACCGGUUCUUGGCCUGCUCUUCAAUCCGCAGGGCUUCUGUCUGCUGAGCCGCUCCGAUCGCGAAUACAUAUACACCGCCAUAACCGACGAGUGGAACUACGGGCUGAACGGCAGGCAGGUCUUCACUUGGCACGAGAAGAACUACACGGACUCCGCCGGUUUGAUUCGCGCCUUUGUCCAUGAUCAGAGCACUGGGAGGCCAGCCUUCACUCUUCGCGGGGAGCUAUUCAAGUGGUACUACUUCGUGGAUCCCACCGAGGACAACCGUGUGGCUGCCCUUCGGUCCGGCAGUCCCAGUUCGGCCACCAGUUCCUGGAGCAUCAGCUACGUGGGCGAUGCUCUGAUCUUUCGCCAACGGGACCUCACCAUGUGCGCCACCGACAAAAGGGACGGCGAUCGGCGUUUGAUUAGGAUGUUGGCGGGCCAGAUGCACACACCACCGUCGGAGCAAUGCCAGUGGCUGCCGAUUGAUUGUGCCACAUCAAUGUGAAAGGGACAGAGAUAGGAGUGGCUGUUAAAACGAUUUGCAUUAAAAACAUAAUACUUUAUCAAAUGGUUACAAAAUAUAUAUUUAUUUCGCAUUUUAAA